AUGUACAUAACCAAUCAAUCUAUAGAUGUCGGCCUAGUCGGUCUUCUUUGGCUUCUUGCCAAGAACCUUCUUUCUCUGUCUGAUCAUAUACGUGUACAACGUGUACAAGCCCGGAGGGUAGGUGAAAAGGAUGGCGAAAAGCAACCACGAGUACCACUUGCCCACCACCUUUUCUGCCUCGCCGAGACUCAUGUAGAUCAUGGACAUUUCGGAAGCGACGCCCGUGGGAUACAACACAUAGAAAAGCGAGUAUCUCAUCCACGUGAGCCACGACGGAAUGGCCAGAGAGUCUCUCAAGUUGGACGCAUAGUACGAGUAUCUCACCACUUCCGUGAUGGACCACGACAAACACAAGGUGAUGUAUACCCAAUGGUGAUUAGCCGGAGACUCGGGCAACACCUGGACGAUUCCAAGCACAAUCAACAAGCGAGAAAGCACCUGCGACACGGUGGUGAAAACAGGCGACUUGACGAUGCCAAAGACAGAGUUGUAGAUCUCCACCACGGCACAAGACUGGACCAAGGUAAGAAUGGUGGAAGACUUUUCAAAAAGCAACGGCUGGCCGAGGAGCGCGCCCAAAAAGAGUGUGUUGAAAAGCACAACAGACCAGAGCGACGCGGAGAUGGAAUUGUAGGCGAUAAGCCAUCUUUGGGGGUGGGCCGAUUGAGGCAUGGUGUGAAGGUUGGAGUGAAGUUUGGAGUUGCGCGUUGUGGGAGCGAGACCCCUCUUAACGGGAUGGGACGAAGAAAUGAGAAUCGAAUAGUGAGAGGAAUUAUGGAGAAUAGAGGAAGAAAUAUGAGAAUAGAACGAGGAAGUAAUAUGAGAAUUAAUAAUGAGGAAGAAAUAUGA